CGAACACUCCCUCUUUCUCCCUUUUUUAAAGACUAUCAGCUUCCAACAUAUGUACUUCUUCAUAUCUUUUCUGGGCAACCCCCGAACUGAAAGGAUGAUUUCCACAAUGAAAACAAUCUUCCCCACUAUAGCAGUUUUGUCUCUGGCUUUGGCUGCUGUCAUCUAUUUCUGCGUCUGGGUUCAACCCAUCUCCAAAUCUUUCCUUUCAAUGCAAAACUACCCUUGUCCACAAUCAUACUCUAGUACCCCAACAGACGAGCUUGAACAAGCUCUACAAAAAGCUUCGAUGCCCAACAAGACUCUGAUCAUAACCAUAGUGAACAAAGCUUACGUGGAACCACACAGAGACAAUUUCCCUUCAAUGCUUGAUCUUUUCCUGGAGAGCUUUUGGCUGGGAGAAGACACGAGAUCGUUGCUCGAUCAUCUGUUGCUGGUCGCUGUCGAUCGGACGGCGUACGACCGGUGCAAGUUUCGACGGCUGCGUUGUUACAGGUUGGAAACGGACGGCGUGGAUUUCACGGGAGAGAGGGUUUACAUGUCGGACGAUUUUAUCAAGAUGAUGUGGAGAAGAACGUUCUUCCUCUUGGAUGUGCUCCAGCGAGGCUAUAACUUCAUCUUCACGGACACCGAUAUACUCUGGCUCAGGAACCCAUUUCCAAGGCUAAGAACAAACGAAACCGAAGAUCUGCAAAUAAGCAACGAUUCAUCCGACCACCCGUUGGCCGAAUACUUGAUCAACACCGGCUUCUACUACAUCAGAUCAAACAACAAGACCAUCUCACUGUUCGAAAAAUGGCAUUCGAUGAAGGACAACUCCACGGGGAUGAAAGAACAGGACGUUUUGGUCCGUAUGAAAGCUACGGGCGUGUUUGGACAGUUGGGACUCAGUGUUAGGAUGCUGGACACCCUCUACUUCAACGGGUUUUGCAGCAAUAGGACUGAUGUUGGUUUGGUGGUGACGGUUCACGCAAACUGCUGCAGGAGUGUAAGCGCGAAGGUGGAGGACCUGGCGGUGAUUCUUGGUGGUUGGAGGAGGUUCAGGGCCGCGGCCUCCUCCGCGGGUGGUGGUGGUGGGGAAAAUGGGGGUGGGAAUGGGACUGAUGGGUUGUUUCAAUGGACUACCCAUGUGGCUUGUUGGAAUGCAUGGAGAGAGCCUAAUAAAACUUUGCUUUAGAGAUUGGUUGCUAACUGCUUAUGUUUGGGUUUAGUUGCCAAUUGAGAUUUCUAAGUACACAUAAAGUGUACUCCGAAAUUCCCAAAAAGUGAAUUUUUAUCGUUGAUUUAUCUUCUAAAAUGUUUUAGAAUUUAUAUUGUUGAUUUAUCUUUUUGAGGUAAUUUCAAAAUAUAUUUUCUGUGUACCUAGCAUUGUUCGAUUGAGAUAAAGGUCGUAGUUAUGUGAUAAUCUAUGUAUAGAAGGAUGUUAGCUAGGAUUCUAAAUAAUGUGGGGAUGUUGGUAAAAGGGUGUUAGGCCUUUGGGCUGAUGACUUCUUUCCCCGUACAACUUUUUUGUUCAA